AUGGCUUGGGGUGGUCCUGACAAACAAGCAGCGGAAAUUGUGGCAGGAAACCCUGAUGCGAAGGACUGGCAAGAUGAGGCCAGAAAGAUAGUCAAGAAAACUAUGGCGCAAUACUAUAACACUCGCCCCUGCGCUACUCCCAUUCAAAGAGGUACUGGGACCCAGGAUGCCAACGACGACGACACAUCAGAAUUCAACAAACAUCGCGAAACACUUCUCACUGCCGACACAAUAGAGGGCUGGGUAGCAGAGCUAUGCUGCUAUUUGAGUACAAUGCAACAGGAAGUCACCAAGAACACUGAUCUCGUUGAAUGGUGGCAGAACAACGCAACAUUAUACCCUACGCUUGCACAUAUCACGCUUGACGUCCUCCCCUCUCAAGCUUCGUCCAUUCACUGUGAGCAGUUAUUUUCGGGCAGCAAACAAAUUGCGACAGACUGCCAUGUGUGCCUGGGUUCAACAGUCUUUGAACAGCUGGUAAUCAUGGGGUCUGCUUGGAGACCUGACCUCUAUGAUAUGGCUGUGUGGACGGCUUUCCAGCAGGAGGAGGUUGAGCCUUUCCUUGAAUUUGAAGAGAUGCUCGAUGAGGACAAUGCCUCUUUGGUUUGA